AUGGGUGACUCAGAGGAGGACAUUUGUGCGCGUUGCUCUUUGAACCCAUUGGAGGUAUCCCUAGUGCUCAUUUGCAACCAUCGCCUGUGCUUAGCAUGUGCCCGAAAGCAGAUGCAGAUCUUGGAUUGCAAGAGUGCACGUUCUGGGGGGAAAGGCUGGGAUCGAGAAAACUUUGCACAGGCUUCUUGCCCGAUCUGUAGAUCCGUGACCCAAGUUGAGGCGGGAGCUGCCCAACAGAUCUUGUCAGUUGAGUCACGAGAGCUGGAUGACGCAAAUCCUCAUACUACUCAUGCCCAAUCUCUUUCUGUCUCGUCUCUCUCCCUAUCUCCUUUGGAGCAGCCCUCAAUAGCUGCAAGCGGAUACAGUCAAGCCAUGGCUAGGCGGAUAACAGAAGGCACCGCAUGUGGCACACCGUGUGCACCACAGAAUGGGCUUUCAGAGAGCCCAGGACUGAGCAAGGUCCUUCCAAAACCGAGGAACCCCGUGCCAAGCAGUUGCAGCCUUCGAAGUCCACUAUGUCCACUGCCAGAGAUGGCACAGGAACUCCAGACGUGUGGCCAGUGCCAAGUGGAAGCAGCAGAUGUCAGGUGUUGGCAGUGCGAUGAAUUCUUUUGCCAAAGCUGCUACAAGAAGAUACACCACGUUGGUAGAAUGAAAGAACAUCGAUCUACGCUUCUUGCAGACGGCAAAGCUGCGAGCGUUCGAAGUGCUCCAAUCCAACUCUCAUCCCGUCAGACACUCGAACUUUGCAUGCAGCAUGGGGAGCCCUUUCAAUUUUUCUGUCUCGACUGCGCGCAAUGCUUGUGUGCAGAAUGUGCAGUGCAGAGAAAGGGAUGUGUAGCAAGCGGUCAUGACGUACAAAACGCGAAAAGGGCAUUUCAUCAAGUAUCAGGAUCCAUCCCGCAACUUCUGGAAGCAGCUGCUGCUGAACUUCAGAAACCAUCACCCAAGAAAGAGCUGACGCAGCAAUUGGAUGGUGUGCAUGCUAAGGGAAAGCAAGACUUGAAAGCUUCGUUCUUGAACUUGGAAGAAACUUUGAAGGCCAAGGAAGAUCUAAUAUUAAAAGGUGUCGAAGAGGGCGGCCGGAUUGCAGACCAAUUGCUGCUUGCAAAGGCCAGGCAGUGUGAAACAAAGUCUGUUCAGAUCCUUCGACUGCGAGAGUCUUUGGAGCGCAUGAGUGCCGGGGAGGUCUCAGGCGAAAUCCAGAAGAUCAACUUGUACAUAGCUGCAAUGAAGAAUUUGGCAGCGUUGCUUCCGCAAUCAGCACGACAGAAACUGCAGCCAGGUAGCUUGCUGUCAGAGUUGGAGAGAAUCUCCUGCCUGGAUGCAGCGGAGCUUGAAGAUCUUGCAAGCUCCAAUUUGAGGCAAAUGCAGGAUGCUCUGAAAGCAAAGACUUCAGAGGUUGAUACCUGGACCAAAGAGCUACAGGAAUCAAUGCGUGAAUAA